AAAGAUCAAGCAUAAAAUUUAAAACACCAUAUUUGUAUUUUUUUUCAAAUACAAUUUUCAUUUUUUUUUAUAUUGACCAUUCUUUGUCAUUUCAACAUGACGAUACUUAGGUCAUUUUUAAUUGUUUUGUUUGCCAUUACGACCGUUUACGGUUUUGGCGAAUCAAUUUUUCGAACAAUUUCAUGUCCACCUGAACCACAACAAUGUUAUAAUGUUGAACAACAAGAAAAAUUUAAAAAUAUGAUCUGCUUUGCUAAAAUUGUAUCCGAAGCUGAAUUUGUACAACGAGAUGGAUGUUUAGCAUUAAAAUCAUUUGAUGUUAAACAUGGUUCAGAUAAUUUGAAAACAAUUAAAUCUGCCGAUAUCUCUAUUGCAGCACGAUUUAAAUGUCCAGAUGCCAUAAAUUAUGAUCAAAAAUAUUGUUUAAUAAUGGAUGAAAAGAAUUUUGAUGAAAAACAAAAAGUACUUACAUUGGAUGAUGUUGCAAUGUUAUCGGCAGGCACUUGUGAUGAUCUAAGUAAAUGUUCAGCCCUACGAGCUUCGAAUCCUGAGAUUCCAAGCAAUCCAUUAGGUUCGUUAGCCGCCAAUAUUCAAUCAACUGUUCAAAGUGUUGGUCAACAAGUUCAACAAUUGGUCAAUGGCGAAAAAUCACAACCAGAAACACCGCAAUUAUUGGAUAUCCAACCUAAAUCAUCAACAGAGCCAGAAUUAACUUCCAACGAUCAAACAAAACUACAACAGCAAAAUGGUACUACAGUCCAGCCGCAAGCUGUCCAGCCAUCAACGUCAGAAUUGACUCGUGAUGCUGCCAUUGCAUUACUACAGCAUAUAAUUGCUAACAGUAAUCAGGCUACACUAACGCGAAAUGCUCCAAACUAUCCGGCCGCAGCUAUGGCAGAUUAUCCACAUGCCCAAAAGGAUAUUUCAUAUGCACAUAAUAAUAUUUAUACAAAACCUCCAGGAUUAUUAACCACUGGUUAUUUUGAUGCAAAAUAUAAGUUGUAUAGUAAAGUACCCGAAGUCUAUCAUAAUCAAGGUUAUAAUCGUGUUGACCCAAAAGGACCCAAAUACAGUCCACCCAAAUUAGUCAAAGUUGGUUAUCAAAUAUCUAAAAAUCCUAAUUAUUCGCCCCAGAAAAUUUAUCAAUCAGCACAUCCAACGCAAGCUUCAUCAUAUCGAAGAUCAAUCGAAAACCUUGACAAAGCUGACACUGAUAACCGAGCUUAUAAUAAACCGGCAGUAGUCUAUAUUCCAUCUACACCGAAAUAUUCGGCACCACCACCCCCGCCGCCACAAGCAUAUUCUGCACCACCACCUGCUUAUUCUCCACCGCCAUCUCCACCUGCAUAUUCGCCACCACCGCCACCUGCUUAUUCGCCGCCACCACCACCGCCAGCAUAUUCGCCACCGCCGCCACAAGCAUAUUCUGCACCACCUCCUUCGCCACCAGCAUAUUCUGAACCAGCACCUGCUUAUUCUCCACCACCACCACCGCCGGCAUAUUCGCCACCGCCACCUGCUUAUUCGCCGCCACCACCACCGCCGGCAUAUUCGCCACCGCCGCCACCUGCUUAUUCUCCACCACCACCACCACCUGCUUAUUCUCCACCUCCACCACCUGCUUAUUCGCCGCCACCACCACCGCCGGCAUAUUCUCCACCACCACCUGCUUAUUCUCCACCACCACCACCACCUGCUUAUUCGCCACCACCACCACCGCCGGCAUAUUCGCCGCCACCACCGCCUGCUUAUUCUCCACCACCACCACCACCUGCUUAUUCGCCACAAGCAUAUUCUGCACCAGCUCCCAUGCCUAAACUUCUCUAUUCGAAAAAAAUAGAAUCGUAUAACUUGAGUGCUCCAAUUUUACCAUCAUACGGUGCACCGGCUCCACCAUCAUACGCUGCACUAGCCCCAUCAUCAUAUAAACGAUCGUUAAUUCGAAAAUUUCCAUUAUUCCGUGGCACAAACUUGUUUGAAGAUUAUUAUGCAUCAUCAUAUAAUGUUAGCGAUGUUUGCGCUAAUAAACCGACUUCAUGUCCUACCUGUUUCGAUAAUAUCGACGAUGAAUUUGAAGGCAUCUGCGAUUACAGUCAUGUUUUCGAAUCUAAAUUUGAUGAACUCGAAAAUAGUUUAAAGUUUAACGUUUCAAAAGAACUGAAAUCAACGGAUGAUCAACAAUCAAACAAAAAUUAUGAAUUCGUUUUGAAUGAAAAAUGUUUGAAAACAUGUCCACAAAUGGAAACAGGUUCCGGUUUGUUAAUGUUUGUCAAACAAACACCUCAAGAUAAUUGCUUCUUGUUCGAUGAUAAUGUUGUUAUUGUUCCAUCCACAUACAUGAAUCGAUUUGAUGUUAAAACACUACUCAAAAAACAUAAAUGUUAUUGAAUGAAAAGCAAGAGUUGAUGAGUUUUAUUAUUAUUA